AUGCCGUACAGGCGACGACACAUUAGGUGCGACCAAGCCCGGCCGUACUGCAUGAGAUGCGUAAAGUCCAACCGAGUCUGCGAGGGGUACCUGGACUCGAACUCUCGGACACUACCGGGGAGCCAGUCGCAGGUGAUUGUUCGCAAAAACCAACGAAUUGUACCCGCUGAGGAUUCUCGGUUAUUCAAAAUCCCCGGCUACGAAACGAUGCUGUUCUGCCACCAGAAGGACUUGGAGUCAUUUCAGUCUUUCGUCUUCACCGUCGAAGCAGGGGACACUCUUCUGCACGACGACACAUCAAGCAUGACGCCUCAGUAUGCACAAACUGCAGCUCAUUCAAGCGCCAUCCGUCAGAUGUGUUGUGGCAUUGGCGCUCUACAAAAAUCCUUUCAUCCUGUAGUUCGUGACAGCAUGAUCAAUGAGGACUACCACUCCGCAUUAGAACAUUACGGCCGUGGGGUUCGCGCCGUCUUCAGUAUGAAACCGACCACGAUCAGCCUACCCAGUGCCAUCCUGGCUUCGCUUCUUUUCACCACUUUUGAGUUCAUGGCUGGCAAUAUGGAUGUUGCCUUCAAACAUCACAACUAUGCGGUCGCCAUAAUGAAACAAUACCUCGACCUGCGGAUGGAAGAGGAGGGAGUCGCCCUUGAAAACUUGGCUUUCUCAGGUAUGGAAAGAGCAUUAUUUGAUUCGCUAGAACGGAUGAACACGCUUCCUUGGGUUCUGGGCUUUGGAAAAGGCGACCAAGUCAAGACCACCUCCCCGGCGCGAGACUUUCCCCACGGAUGCAGACAUAGACUCAGAAUGAUAGACAUACCAGAGCGCUUUACCAGCACACACCAGGCAACCACCUGGUGGCAUUUUAUGCAGCAUAACAUGGUACACGCGCUCCACUGCCUCAAAUUCCCAGAGGUCAGCGAGGACCAGAGGACAGCCGCCUUCGUCGAAUGCGCAGACCUCAUGAAAACGUGGUACUCCUCCUUCACGCCGUUGCUACGGGAAGCCAAGCACUGCAGAAGCACGCAAGGUGCGAGGUGGUCGCAGGCCAUGAUCCUCGAGUCUUUGUACAUCGAAACCCUCUCAGCGCUCUAUUUCCGCCAUAAGCAAGAUUCAAACGUGUUGCCGGACGUGACGCCGAUUUACCGGGAUCUCAUACGCCAGUCGGCGCAAAUGGUGCGAGAUUCUGCUCUCAACGGUCUUCAGACAUUGGAGAGGGAGAACUCCAUUACCCGGCCGAUAGCUUUUGUUCUGUACAAGUGCCAAGACCCGGACAUUGUGCAGGAGGCAAUCGAUGUUUUGGCGAGCGUAGUGGGCGGGAUGAACAUGUCUUAUUCACUGCUUCAUCUUUUCACGAGUGAGAGGAGGACUGUGCCUCUUACGGCUCUUGACAAGGCGUGGGGUUGGUAUUUGACGUGUACGGGUUGCAGCUCUGGGGCACACGUAUUUGACGACAUACCAUAG